CAGUUCCGAAAUGUUGCCGACUGGCUGAAGUUUCAAAAUGGCGGAAGAAGCCGGUGCUGUUGGAGAAACGUGGAUUCCUGCUUCAAGAAGACCUGAUGGUACAUGGCGCAAGGCUCGCAGAGUGAAGGAAGGUUAUGUGCCACCGGAUGAAGUGGCAAAAUACGAAAGUAAAGGAAAGCAGUGGGUAGAUAGUAUUCCAAAAUUGCCACCGGGUGUACAUGAGGAAGAAAGCAAACAGCUUUCAAAGAAUCAGAAAAAGAGAAAGAACAAGAAGAAAGAUGGAAACGAUAGUCAAAGAUGCGAAGUCGCAGAAGUUACAGAGAAAAUGCAAAGCACCAAAGUUUCUAGUGUUGCGACUGCAGGGGGGACAGUGUACACAAGUAACCCCGACGAUUUAAAAGUAAAACGUGUUAAGAAUCUCAGGAAGAAAUUACGACAAAUCCAAGACUUACAAGCUAAAAUUGACUGUGGAGAGUUAGUGAAUCCAGAAGCUACACAGGUAGAAAAGUUAUCGAGGAGGGAAGAGAUAGAAAAGGAACUUGAAGAAUUGGAGGCGGAAGUAUGAAACCUGAUAUGAAAUAUAAUAGGCUAAAUUUCUCAGUACCACAACCACAAGUCAACCUACUAACAUCAGUGGAUUAAGUAGUGAGUGGACUGUAGUACUGUGACAGAGUUCAGUCACAGGGGCCCUCUUGUUUAAAUUUGAUAACCUUAACUGUUUAUGAUGUCUUUUGUCCAUUUUGUGAGGUUUGGAGCCAAAAAACUGUGGGAUCGGAAAUGGCUGAGAAAAAUUGCAGGGGAAAUCAGAGUUUCUUUUCCAAGUAGCCUGUAUUACUGUCUGCUUUUAAGCUUAAAAGCAGUCCAAUUGCUUUAACACAAGCCAGUGGCUGAUCUCUGAAACACAGAAUCUCAAGCCUGUGUAGCAAGCAUUCCUUACCAGUCUGAAGGAAAGGGUGAACAAGCAGUCUGGUCAAUCAAAGAUUGGGGCAAGAGCAAAAAAAUCGACAGUCUGCUUCAUCAAAGUUUUUGCUCUCGCUACAAUUUUCGUGUGGCCAGAAAUAUGUGGAAAAAGCUCUUAGUUCCUUCAGAAUAUAAAUAUCAACGGAAGGACUGAUUUGUUUAUGGUUAAAUGGUUAACACACUUGGCUAGAUCAGGUGAAAACUGUAAGCAAAGUGUCUUGCUCAAGAACACAGUGCACUUCCCCUGUAACUGGUGGACAAAACAGUAACUUAGUGUAUGCAGCCAGUGAAGAGCAAAGACAUUUAAUACAGUAAGGGAUGAACCAUUUUAUCUUUGAGGGUGCCUCAGGCAAUUUUAUGAUCAUAAAUUUUAUAGGACUAGGUCAUGCAAGAAUUUGUUUUUCGAUAUGCCUGUGUCUUGUGGGACCCUCUUGUGUAUAGGAAUAUUUUUUGAUAAUCAAUACCAUCAUUAAGAACUAUGUGCCAUCCCUCAGUUUGCAAGGAGUGCAGGCAUUAUUAUUCUCAUAAUAUUGGCCUCUUUAUGCUUCCUUUCAAAAUUGAGGUUUUUUCACCUUGCACACCAAGGUUACUAUGCCACAGGGACGUGGAAUGGUCAAACAUUGUACAACAGAAUUUGCCUCUAAGCCUAAGAAUCACUGGACCCAUCACUUGCUCACUGUAACAAACAUAAGUGCAAUUGCUUAUAAGUAAUUUUAUUAUCAAAUAAAAAUGAAGCAAACUAGAUAAUUCAGUCACCUACUUUGAGACAAAACUCCUGUCUAUUGUGUUUGUAAAGUGAGAGCAUUGCCCUCCUAACAUUCUUUAGAGCAAAAUGGCCGACUGUCCCAACUAAUACCUCACCCCAAACUUUAAAGGCUGAUAAUAACACAAUCUCACCUGACUCAGAGGAUAGUGGCUGUUGUCGAGAAGGGACAACUGUGAGGAAGUAUUCGUAUGGGUGUAAUAUGACACCUGUUUUUGGGACGUGCAACAUUUUUAUUUGUAAAAGAUACCUAUUGUAGCAAAUAAAAACUUAACGCAAUCAAAAUAUAUCAACAAAACAGAAACCAACAAAUAGAGACUAACAACACUUAAUACAGAUAAAUUGUGGGU